CCGCCAUCGAACAAACAAUGCUUCUCUUGCUCUUUGUGCCCAUCGCAGAUGAAGAAUUUUUGGUCUCUGCCAACAGUUGCCGCACAAGUGAUGAAGUGAAGUUUACCAGCACUCAAAGCUACAGUAGGAGAUUUAUGAUGAUUUGAGGAUUCUUAUCAGGAAUAAGGAGGUGGUAUCCUGGGCAAUUAAGAAGAGGACGACCAACG